AGAUGGCAAGCUGGGUCUCCCUUCUCCUCAUCCUUUUCUGUCAAUCGAUCUCACGAGCCCAGGAGGACAGCAGCAACCUUUCCAUCCUGGUGUUCCCCUCAGAGACCCCUAUCAACAAUGUUGUCCAAGACCCCCACACUGGCCGCAUUUACCUGGGAGCAGUCAACACUAUCUACCAGCUAGGACCAUCGCUCCGCCUGGAGGCGCGUGCCAAGACGGGCCCCAAAGAGGACGCGCGGACCUGUACGCCCCCCUCCUCAGCCUGUCAGGACACAAAGUUCAUGCCCAAUCUCAACAAGCUUCUGUUGAUCCACCCAUCCAAUGGUUCUCUCAUAGUCUGUGGAAGCCGCUACCGAGGCAUCUGCUCCCUCCUCAACCUGACCAAUGUGACACAGCAGGUGUAUUACAGUGACAGUAAAGGAGAGAGGACUUAUGUGGCCAGCAUCGAGGAUAACGUGAACGUGGUGGGCGUCAUGUCCACCUACUCUAAAGAGGCACACAACUUCAGUGUGUUUCUUGUUGGGAAGGGCUACGGGAGCCUGGACAGUACAAAACUCAUCAGCACACGCAUCCUUCAGGACUACGGGGACUGGGUUGUGUUUGAGAGCAUCAUCGAGGCGUCCACAGUACAGACGACACCGUUUGUUCCCAAGUACCUGCACGACUUCCGCCAUGCCUUCAAAGAGGAUCGGUUUGUUUAUUUCCUCUUUUCGCGGACACUUGACGGUACAGACAAUAAAAACUUGACCUUCGUGUCUCGUCUUUGCGAGGAAGACCCUCACUAUUAUUCCCACACAGAGCUCCAGUUAAACUGUGGUGCAAAUAACCGAUACAACAAAGUCCAAGCUGCAUACGUGGCUUCUCCGGGGAAAGAGCUGGCGCGGCUCAUGACCGAGUUCAGUAAGUAUGGAAAGGUCAACUCCUGGAACAAAGUUCUGUUCAUGGUGGCGAGUCCAGAUGACGACGACAGUGACUCUGCCCUCUGUAUGUAUCCACUCAACUCCAUCAAUGAGCGGCUGGUGGACAUCAUCAGUGCCUGCUACAGUGAUUCGGGGAAGAUUUCCGGGUAUCCUGCUGUGGACAUUCCCUACUCAUCUAAAACUGAUGAAUUCUGCACGUCAAAAAUUGCAAAGGAUACAUUGGAAAACUUUAAGUGUGGUGCAGACUUUCUGCCCUCCCCUCUGGCCAGCAAGCCAAGAUUUGCCUUAAAGGCAGAUGCAGUCCUGACCAUGUCAGGCCUUCUGACCGCUGUGGCUGUUGCUGUUGAGAAUGACCAUACCAUCGCCUUCUUGGGGAAUAACCAGGGAGAGGUCUUCAAGGUACACUUAACUGCGGAGCCAUAUGUGUACAGCAAGACUCCUGGUGAGACCAUGGGAGAGAAGGUCAACAAGAACCUUUUCUUUGACCUCAGUCACCUCUACGUUACCACUGAGAAAAAGAUCAUCAAGGUGCCAGUGCAGACGUGCCUCCAAAACAAAGACUGCCAAUCAUGUGUGCAACUGAGGGACCCGUACUGUGGCUGGUGUGUCCUAGAGGGCAGGUGUACCAGGAGGUCUGAGUGCCGACGGGCUGAGGAGAAGAAUGGCUGGCUGUGGAGCCCGAGGCAGCAGUGUGUCAAGAUUGUCUCCUUCUAUCCCCCAAACCUUUCCUGUAAAAAGACUGGCAAGGUGAGGAUAAACAUCCCCUCCUUGCCUCACAUCGGACCCUCCGACCGUCUACACUGCACCAUCGAGUCGUUCAAGAGUGAGGGAGUCAUGUCCGAAUUUGGUCAGGUCUCCUGCGAUCUACCCCAACCGUCACUUAUACCACAAACACCUGAGGUCCAAGACUUUGUUGCGGUGGCUGUAAGCGUCUUCGUCAACGAGACUGUGGAGUUGGCCACGCGCGAGUACAAGUUCUACAACUGUGCUGCCACAGUGUGGAAAUCUGAAAACACACCUUGUAUGUCAUGCGUGGCCAGUCAGUGGGGCUGCCAGUGGAACGUAUUUGACCAUACCUGCGGUGACAUGGACGAAAGUGUGGUGGGUCCCAAUAUCAUCAAGCACCGUCAGGGAACAAAGUGUCCUCAGUUUGAGAAUCCUGAUCCUGUGCUGAUUCCCGUCGGCUCCAAGACUUCGAUCAACUUUGAGGGGAUCAAUCUGGAACUCUACCAGGGUCACAUUUUCACAAUCGGCACCGAGCUCAUGAAAAACGUGGAGGAAGAGGUCACUUUUGAGGACGGGCUCUUCUAUACCUUCAGUGGCCACAAUUUUUCCUACAAUAAAUCACCGGAGACCAAUGUUCUUUUCUACAUGAAGGACAAGGAGUCAGGCAAGAAGAUGGACAGCACAGUGAACGUCACUCUGUACAACUGCUCAGUGGGGAGGGAGGACUGCAGCCUCUGUAAGAACGCCGAUCCAGUGUACAGCUGCGUGUGGUGUGCCAUGCAGAAGGCAUGUGUUCAUAAGAAGCUGUGCAGUACACAACACGGCACAGAGGAUCCCUCCAACAUUGAGUGCCCCAACCCCCACAUCACUACUAUCAGCCCUCUUUACGGACCCCUGCGGGGAGGCAUCUCCAUCACCAUCCGUGGUUCCAACCUUGGCAUCCACAAGGAAGACAUUAAAAGCAUCACUGUAGCCAAACAGCCCUGCAUCCAUCAGGAGGAGAAGUACUCUGUUUCCACAAGUGUGGUGUGUGAGAUCGGCCCUGUGGUUCAUCUCAGCGAAUUCUGGGGCGAGGUGGAGGUGGAGGUGAAGGGCGGGAAGAAAGGAAUAUCCCCCAUUCGCUUCACCUUUAGGGACCCAAUUCCUGAGUCGGUGAAACCUGCAAGGGGUCCUAAAGCAGGAGGAACCCUCAUUACAAUAUCUGGGCGAUUUCUGGACACUGGCAGUAAGGAGGAUGUCCAGGUUACCAUUGGAGGGGUGAACUGUACUGUGGAGCGUUUCGGAGCAGAGAUCACCUGCAGGACAGGAGAAUAUCGAGCAGAUAAGGUGCCCUCUGACCCUCUCAACAUCGCAGUGAAGUAUGGGAAGAGCUUCACAGCUGCCAUUCCGAAUUCUUUCCAGUUCUUGGAAAAUCCCAACAUUCUGGACCAUCAACCCAAAGGAAGCUUUGCUUGUGGAGGGAGGAACAUCGUGGUGACCGGCUCCGGUUUUGACCUGAUCCAGACAGCUGUAUUAAUGGUCCAAGGAGGCAACACAACAUCAUUUGAGGAUGCCCGUGAAAAGAACGACACAGUCAUCUGGUUUCAGUCUCCGACAGUGAACCACUCUCUGAACCAGCACCUAAAAACCUACAUUAAGCUGGACAACUGUGUGAAGGAACUGAAGCCCUUCGACUACCACCCUGACCCCUCCUUCAACAAGCUGACGAAGAAGGUCAUCACCGAGGCCAGCAUCAUCAUCGUCACUGGUCGGGGAUUCUCCAAAGCCAUGACGGCCAAAGAGGCUCAAGCGUUUGUGGGUGAUGUUUCUUGUCUAGUCAACACACUUCAGGAUGACAAGCUGUUCCUGGACCCACCGUCCAUCAAGCCCCGCGCUCGUUCCAGACACCACCCCAGAGACACCAGGCCUGAGCUGCUGGAUCUAACGAUCAAGUUUGGGAAGGGAGAGUGGGUGGUCGACUCGGUGCAAUACGAGAGUAGGAGUGAGUCGUCACUUUACAUCAUCAUCCCUGCUGUCAUUGUGCCCAUGCUGCUAAUCAUUGCUAUCUCUGUCUACUGCUAUAGGAGAAAGAGUCAGCAGGCAGAGAGAGAGUAUGAGAAGGUGAAACACCAGCUCGAGAACCUGGAGGAGAGCGUGCGAGACCGCUGCAAGAAAGAAUUCACAGACUUGAUGAUAGAGAUGGAGGACCACACCAACGACCUGAGCGAGGGACGAAUCCCCUUCCUGGACUACAAGACCUACACAGACCGCGUCUUCUUCCUACCGUCUAAGGAUGGCGCCAACGAUGUGAUGAUAACAGGGAAGCUGGACAUCCCACAGUCUCGAAGGGCCACAGUGACCCAGUCACUCAACCAGUUUUCCAACCUCCUGAACUCCAAGACCUUCCUCAUUAAUUUUAUCCGCACCCUGGAGCGUAGUCAUGACUUCAACGCCAGGGCAAAGGUGUACUUUGCGUCCCUGCUGACUGUGGCUCUGCAUGGCAAACUGGAAUAUUACACUGACAUUAUGAGGACACUGAUGCUGGAGCUGAUGGAGGAAUAUGUCCACAGCAAGAACCCCAAACUCAUGCUGCGCAGGUCAGAGACGGUGGUGGAGAGGAUGCUCUGUAACUGGAUGUCUAUCUGCCUUUACCAGUUUUUGAAGGACUCUGCUGGCGAACCCUUGUAUAAAUUGUUCCGUGCCAUUAAGCACCAGAUCGAGAAAGGACCUGUGGACGCCAGAGUGAAGAAAGCCAAGUACACUCUCAAUGACACAGGCCUGUUGGGCGACGACGUAGAGUACUCUGUCCUGACGGUGCAAGUCCUGGUGCACGGCGAGGGUCCAGAUGUCACGCCCGUCAAGGUGCUGAACUGUGACACCAUCUCACAGGUGAAAGAGAAGAUAAUAGAGCAGGUGUACAGGAACCUGCCUUACUCCCAGCGGCCCAAGGUCGACAGCGUGACGCUGGAGUGGCGUCCUGGGUCAACGGGGCAGAUUUUGUCUGAUCUGGACUUGACUUCCCAAAAAGAGGGCAGGUGGAGACACAUCAACACUCUGGCACAUUAUAACGUGCGAGAUAACGCUACAUUAGUAUUGUCCAGGGUGCUCCACACUCAGCAGAACUACGAUCAGAAUCAAGAAAACCACGAGGAGCGAAAUGCUCUGUUGGAUGAUGACAAGGUAUUUCAUUUGGUGAGGCCGCAAGACGAACUGGAUGAGAUCAAAUCUAAACGAGGAAGCAUCAAGGACAAGUCGAUGACCAAAGCUAUUACAGAGAUCUAUCUAACACGGCUUCUUUCUGUCAAGGGGACAUUGCAGCAGUUUGUGGAUGACUUUUUCCGCAGUGUGCUGUGCUCGGGGGCAGUGGUGCCACCGGCUGUCAAGUAUUUCUUUGACUUCCUGGAUGAACAGGCACUGAAACACAACAAUGUGGAUGAGGAAACCAUCCAUAUCUGGAAGACAAAUAGCCUUCCUCUACGGUUCUGGGUGAACAUCCUUAAGAAUCCCCACUUCAUCUUUGAUGUCCACGUGUCUGAAGUAGUGGAUGCCUCUCUCUCUGUCAUCGCCCAGACCUUCAUGGAUGCCUGCACCAAGAGCGAGCACAAACUCAGCCGGGACUCUCCAAGUAACAAACUACUCUAUGCAAAGGAGAUCUCCACCUAUAAGAAGAUGGUGGAUGAUUACUAUAAGGGCAUUAGGCAGAUGGUACCCGUCAGUGACCAAGACAUGAACACUCAUCUGGCAGAGGUGUCACGGUCUCACACAGACAAACUGAACACGCAAGUGGCUCUCCAUCAGCUUUACCAGUAUGCCAGCAAAUAUUAUGAUGGGAUCAUCGCAUCUCUAGAGGAGGAUCCAGCUGCCCAGAGUAAACAGCUGACCCUGCGGCUCCAGCAGAUAGCAGCCGCCCUGGAAAACAAAGUGACUGACCUCUAACCCCCCCCCCCAGUGAAGGGAUGGAGGGAGGGGGGGUAUAGUACGAUACUGCCAGUGACUACAGGGGCUUAUUUCUUUUUUUUUCAGCGUGUAUAACAUGGAAAUAAGUAAAAGUGAGAAGGGACUCGUAUACUGUAGGUAUAUGUCGUCCAUCAUGGCCCUGGGACAUUUUUCUGUACAGCAGACUAACAGGGACUAAUGGUAUGCAGAUAAAGCGCAAAAAGGGGAAGAAAAUGAUGGGUUACACUUUCAUAGGUACGCCUUAAAGCUAACUUGCCAAACCUUAAAGGUCUGUGUGCGUGCACCCUCAAGCUUCACUGAAUAUUGCUCCUACAUCGCAGUGUGGGAGACUUCUCACUGAGAAUUAAGCCCUUCUGUGGAAAACUGGCAUAGGAGAUAAUCAGAUGUUCAAUUUCUUUAUGUGUAGAAAAGGUUUUAAGAAUUGUAUUAUAUAUUUUUUUUAUCGUGCAGUCUUUAUGCGGAAAGCUUUAUAAGGAAAAAAAUUAUCUUUUUAAAUGGAUCACCUUGUGGUACGGAUAGUGUUUUUAUUAGCCUGUGUGUGCGUAGAUGUCUGUGUGAAGUACAUGUGAACAAGAGCGUGUAUCGCGUAACUUGAGUGUGUGAGUGUGGAAAUGUUUGUGCACACACAGGAUGCCUACUAACAGGCGCGAGUGUGAAGAGACGCCUGCUUUCUGUCAUUUAAUGCCCCAAACCUGGUGACACACUGGAGCCAGUGCUCUAAUCUAGCUUUUUGACUGAGACCAAAGGGUCCUCAUAAGGACACUGUACAUUGCUAGAUUACACAGUGUCCUUAUAAGGACACUGGCAUUAAUAUGAGCCUGUAUAUUGCUAGAACACACACUCUAUACACAAUCUAGCAACAUGCUGGCUCAUAUGAAUGCCAGGUCAUUAGUAGCUUCAGAAAUAGUCGAGUUAAAUUCUUCACUUUUAGCCGGAUUUCCUUUUGUGCUAAUGGAAAUCAAUGAUAGCACACUCUGUCUCCCUUUAUUGUACAGUGCCAUGAUACAUUCCACUUCAACUAAAGCACACAGGGGAAGUUUUUUAAGACAUUUCAUUUACUUACCGAUUUUUUUCUUACGGUUUCUUUUCUUUUUUUUAAAUAUCGGCAAGAAGCAACUUUACUCUGCCGUGGAGCCAUGUCAUCUCAUAUUAGCCCUGCAAUAACAAUACCUUGAGCCACAUUUAACUAUUGCAUUAGCGUUCUAAAUUCAUGCACAUACAGUAGUAAUUCAGCAAUAUGUUCGAUGAUUUUCUUAAUGGCUUAAUGCAUUUUUUAGUGUUAAUGCUUUUAGUGCCAUUUUUUUAGUAUUAUCCUUUUAAUGUUCCAAAUAAUCGUCAAGCAUUCUGCCUCUAAAGCUAUGAAAGAGCCUAUUGCAUAUGAUUUUAAUAAUCUAUUAGAGAUGCAGUUGGUACUUAAGUGGAACAUUUUGAAAAAGUUACAGUGGUUUUAGCCUUCGUAUGGUGUGUAGGGAGGGUGUCAGGUUCAAUCAUGUACAUAAUUGUUAUUAUAAUUGGAAUAUUGAUAUGUCAGUGUCAAAGCUGGGGUGUUGACAGGAUGGCAAUGAGAGUUUGAUAUUUCUUGGGCCAUUUAACACAACCAUGUUUUAUCUCGAAAUUGUAGGUUUUCCUGAUGACAGAUGAUUUAAUUGUACUCUCUCUAUCUGAUCUUGGAUGUGUGCAGUUGACGGAGCAUAACGAGCUCCCAAGACCACAGAAUGUUAACGAUUCCUGCCUUGGAUAGAGAGGGGUUUUCACAGACCUAGAGCCUGCCUGCCUGCCUGCAAUCUCAGCAUGGCACCAUGGUAUCCUGACCAGCGGCACUUGGCUCUGCCCACUCGGUGCAGUGCAGAGUGGCACUCUGUAUAAUGGAAUCAGCAGGGGAGGCUUUUGAUCUUAAUUGCAUGCUGACUGCAGUCUCCAUACUUGUCUCCACUGUUGUUUACUGCUGACUCUUCUCUCACUGACAAAGUUGAUGCAAGGCUUCUUUCAGAGCAUUUCUUUAACCAAAAAUGUGCCUUAUUGAAUAGGAUGAUACAUGUACGUGUAUUGUUUCUAAAUUAACCUAGGUGAUUAUGAUGAUGAUAGUGCUAUAGACACAGCAAUGUAUUUGGACUUGUGAUAUUAUGUGUGCUGUCUAAAAUGCUAGAUGCCCUGCUGCAGCCAUUUGUGUGCCAAUAGGCUGAAGACAUUUCAGUAAGAUUUCUUUUACGAUUGCAGUUUUGAUGUGUGCAUUUUAUUUGGGUGUCUGUGGUGUGUGCUUAGUAGGACUUUGAUGGCAAAGGCAAAAAGCCAAAAUGAAUACAUGUGUAAUAGUGGCCAAUGUGAUUUGGAUUUCCCUUGAAAAUGUCUGGCAUUUCCAAAUUAGUCUGGAGUCAAAAGAUGUAGAUUGAAUAUAGCGCAAAAAUUGUUCCAGUUGUGUUCAUUGUUUUGCCCAGUGUUUCUAAGCUAUUCCACAGUGUGAACGAAAAAUGACUAUCUAUACUCGACAAAUGACCUUUCUUACUGCUGUGCAGUUAUUAUUUUUAUUUCUUGUUUGCUAUACCAUAUAAAUCUUUGUAAAACAUGUUGAAAUACUGUAUUCUAACUGUAUAAUCCUAUGCAUUGAGUCCUGGAACAAAAAAAGAAAAGUGAAAAAAAAAACAACAAAAAAAAACAGUUUGUGCAGUUGUCCAGACCUUUUUUUCCAUUUUGAAACUUGUGAAUGUGCUGUAACGAUUAAAGAAACUGGGACAUUCCAUUUUCAGUACAAAACAUAGGAAGCCAACGCUCUCCUCCCCAUUUAAGGCAGCUCAGAAGAUGCUUGACGGUGUGUACUGGAGGAACAUCAUUUCACAAAGGUUGUGUGUGUGUGUGUGUGUGGCCGGAGAAGUUACACAUAGGUUUCAUCAGACACUCCGCCAUGAAUAAACUCAGAGACAUAUGCCCUUCA